AUGAUUGUGCCAAGAAAAAUUGGGCAUUCAAGAAGGCUUUAUAGCGGCGCCAUCUCCCAGGACUUCCUGAAAAAUGUUCUAGAGCGAGUGAAAGAAACUGCAGCCAAGAAACCAAUUCAAAACCGGCCAAAUCCAAGAUCUCGAGCUCCAAGACGCGCUAGAGAAAACGACGAAAGUGGAAGGAACAACUAUGGGAAAAAAGCAGGCUCGAGAAAUGCCAACUUCAACCAAGGUCCUGUGAUCAACGACUCAAACAUGUCUGGACCAUCUGGGUCCGGAAAGCCUGGAAUCAACGCCACUUUAAUCAACAGACAACCGCAAUUCAGGCGUAGAAGAGCCGGUGCUGGUGCAAGCGCGACUGGCGAGAUGCAGUCAAACAACUCAGCAAUCAUGGACGCUUUGGACUCCUCUGAGGGCGCCCGCUUUAAUACAAGAAAGUCGCAACAGCUUUCGAAUUCAAGUGGAAAAAGAAAUCGUGCUCCUCGCACGGGACAGCGUACUGUUCCAGGUCUCACGAACGCGUCCUUUACUAUGGAGGGAAUUGUCGCUCAAGCGAAGAAGUCCGCUGCUUCUGAACAGUAUUCUCCUGACGAGCCAACACCUCUCGGCUUGUUGAAAUACGCUCCAAAUUUGUCACACAGCUCUUUCUCGAAGUUAAACAAAUACGGACUUUUCACUUUGCAGGAAAACGACUUCCCGCUUACUCGCCCUAUCAACCUAGGGUUGGCCACCUCGCCAUCUGAGAAGCCUCGCAACGUUUCUCUCAGUCCAAAUGUCACCAGUUUUGGAAAGUAUACUCCAGCUUCGUCCGUGGCGUGGCGUAGAGAAAAACUGCUCAAAAAUGUAGUAGUCUCUCCAGAUGUGAGCCAAUUUGAGACUAUGGUAGAGGGAAAGUAUGUUCCUCUGUCUCCUACCAGCGAAAAAGAUUUUGCAACCCUAUCAAAGAACGCUAAGAAGAGGGGUGAGCUCGUUCAAAACAGCGAUCUUGUGAGGUUGAGUUUAGAGAGAUCGAACAUGGAUAUGGCCGACAAAGAUCUCGUAUACAACGUGUGCUCCGGUCUCCAACCCGUCUCUCAACUCAGGGCUUGA